UUCCGGACUCAGCAGCAGGACAUGGCCGCGGCGCGCGCGCUCGGCCCGCCGACGGCUCCGUGAACACAGCGCGCGGUUCUCCCCUCUGGCUCCGCGUCGGAUCCGCUGAUGAAGAGACUCGCAGCCCGCCGCGAUGCUGGCUGGCUGAUCCUCUCCCCCGCCGCCGUCGCAGCCGAGCCCGGGAGCCCGCCUGCAGACCGCGCGCAGCCCGAGGUCGGACUCCACGGUUCCCUGGAGGAGAUGGAGGAGGAGGACGUCGGCCUGAAGAAGCGUCAAAGCGAUGCGCGUGCGGGGCGAGAGCCGCCGGCCGGGGAGAAGGUCAAGAGGAAGCGAGGGCGCCCGCCGGCGGAGAGGCUGCCUCCCAACCCGCCGGAGCUCACCAGGACCCUGAGCACCCUGGUGGACAUGGUCCUCACCUACAAGGACGGGUCGGGUCGACAGAUCGGCAAAGGCUUCGUGCAGCUUCCCUCCAAGAAGGAGGUGCCCGAGUACUACGAGCUCAUCCGGAAGCCGGUGGACUUCCGAAGGAUCAAGGAACGCGUGCGUAGCCACAAGUACCGGAGCGUGGUGGACCUGGAGAAGGACGUCUUCCUCCUGUGCCACAACGCUCAGACCUACAACCUGGAGGGCUCUCAGGUGAGGCCCCGCCCCCUGAGGCCUCGGGCUUUGGACCUAUUCACUCUCCGCGUCUGUGUUCCCCCGCCGCAGAUCUACGAGGACUCCAUCGUCAUCCGCUCGGUGUUCGAGAGCGCCAGGCGGCGGAUGGUCACGGACGAGGAGGAGCGCACAGAGGCGGUCCGGUCGGCUCCGUCGGCAGGUGAGUGGAGGGUUCUCCUUCUCUCCGGGUCAAUAAAAGCACAAACGCUGGUUGUUUCUGCGUCUGUGAGCAGCGCAGCUGAGGAAAGGGAACAAGGAGGCGAGGAGCAGGAAGCUCCUCCGGGACCGAGGCGGCGAUCCGGAGGUCGGCGCCCCGAAGGACGAAGGCUGAUCCUGCAGCGCCUCCAGGUUUUGUGUUUAUUUUCUCGAGCUUCACAUCGGUUUCCUCCUUUUCUGAGCGAAAGAAGACGGCGAGGACGUCUCGCGGAACAAUGUCUCCACGACGACUCCCGACUCUUUUUCUUUUCAUCGCAACGUCUCUUCUCAUCUUGUAGUCCUCGUGGUUGCAUCUAUAAAUAUGAUGUAAAACACCAGUUUUCUUAACCCAUAUAUAUAUAUAUAUAUAUAUAUAUUUGAUUGUCUUAAAAAAGGCCUCCGUGGGUCUCGGCUCACGAUACGCAAGUGGGCGGGGCUUGGCCGUGUUUUUGAAAUAAUUGAGAAGAAAAAAAAUGUCUGAAUGUGAUUUUGGAGACAAUACACCUUUGAUAAACACAUGAAGUGGAAGUGUGGAGUCAAGGGAACCAGUUGCUGUUGUUUCUGAUGCCUGGUGGAAUAGCUCUGGGUCUAAUAAAUGUCCCCCGUGCUGCAGUAUACUAUCCACAUAUUGUUUGUGUGAAAAUUAAUAAAAGUACAUUUCUUUUUA